AUGGAAAAAAACAUAGCCUCCAUCCUGAUUUUGGUUCUUGCUGUCUUGAAUACACUGGCUAAAGAAACUACUACUAAAGAUGGAAGAAAAGACCCCAAAGACCCCAAAGAGACCCAUCCUAAACUUCCACAGACUCUUUCAAGAGGCUGGGGUGAUCUACUAAUCUGGACUCAGACUUAUGAAGAAGCUCUUUUUAAAUCCAAAACAAGCAACAAGCCUAUAAUGAUCAUCCACCACUUAGAAGAAUGUCCUCAUAGUCAAGCGCUGAAGAAGGCAUUUGCUGAACACAAAGAAAUACAGAAAAUGGCAGCAAGCUUUGUUCUUCUUAAUAUUAUAUAUGAAACUACAGAUAAACAUCUUUCACCAGAUGGUCAAUAUGUGCCCAGAAUUUUGUUUAUAGAUCCUUCACUGACUAUUAGAGCGGAUAUUACUGGAAGAUAUUCCAACCGUCUCUAUGCUUAUGAGCCUCAAGAUAUUCUACUGUUGUAUUCAAAUAUGCAGAAAGCUCUGAUUCUGCUAAAGACAGAAUUGUGAAGAAAGAAAAGUGACCUAAUCUCAGAUCUUCUGCACCUGACAGUCCAAAUAUGCUUAGUUUUCUCCCCCAAAUGAAAGCAGCCUGGACUUUGGAUUUGCAUAGGGUAUGGUUUGCUAAUAUGCUACUUUUUAAUACCAAAACUAUGUUAUAAAUAUUCAUUUAUAAAAUAAUACUAACGUAUGCUAAAUCAUGAUUUAAAAAUAAAUCCAGAUUACAUCUUUACCAAAAAAGAGUCUCUCACUGUCAUUUUUUAAACAUCCACCUGUAAGUUUCUUAGUCAAAAGCAAUACACAGGUAAAAUAUCUGAAAGAGAUGACAAUGAAAAUAAGAAAAUGUAUAAAAUUAUAAAUGCCAAAGUGUACUUGGAUCAUUGUUGGUGUCUUCAAUCUGGGUGAGAAAAGUUUUGAUGUGAAAAUAUAAAAAUCAAUGCCUAUCAAUCCAAUGUACCAAAAAUUGUGCUUUGACUGCUUUUUGCAAACCAUUUUGCAAACCAUUAUGAGGAAUAGAUGCAUGAAUUUAAAUAAAUAAGUGAAUUGAAACAGGUA